GCGAAGAAGGAAAACGGCAGAAGAUGUCUGGACUAGUCUUUAGAAGGAGACAAUUUCUACUUCUUCUUGAGGCAAAAGACGGGGUGUAAACUUUGUACCUUCUCUUAUCUUAUCACAGAUAUAUGUAUAAAUUAUUUUAUUUUUUUUAAAUAAUAACUGAGAAACAUCCCGAAUGUCAAAAUUAUAGCAAAGUAGAAAGGAACUGCGAUUCAUCUUGACAUUUCAACUGGAAAACGAGGGAGAAAAAACGAAAUCCAAAGUGAACCAUUCACACUUCAAAAAAAGAUGUAUAAAGAAGACGAAAUAAAGAGGACCUCCAGUCCUUUAACCACGCGUACCACGCCAGAAUACUUUUAUCCCUGCAUAUUAGACAAGCAAAGAAGAAAAUCUUUACCAGAGAAGCAUUCCGGUGUAAAAUAUCAGUUGUUAAGUCCAGUGAUGUACGAAGAAGAGAUGAAGAGCUAUCCGAUCACCACUCGGACAAUGCCCGAAUACUUCUAUCCAUCCAUAGCUGAGAUUCACAAAAGAAGGAAAUCCUUCUCGGAUAAAAAUCAGCACAGUUCUGCUUUGGGAUAUUUGAAACAGAGUGGAAAUUUCGGAAUACAUUUGCUUGUAUCAAUGACAGAACUUAUAAAAGGUAAGUUUAUUACAUUCAUUUUUAAAUACUAGUUAAAAUUAUGGAACAUUAAUCGGUAAUUUUUUCCGAAAUGUUG